AUGUAUCCCGAUUAUGUGGAUGUGCGUGGUGUGGAAUUUGGUUUGGGGAUAGGAUAUAACUCAAAACCCAAAGUAGCUCCUCCUACUGGCUCAGCUGUUAAGUCGCUUAGGAUAGGAGUGAUGCCUCAGUUCAAAAGCAGCUUUGUUGCUGCUUCAGCUUCAUCCAAUAAUUAUGGAAAUCAGGGGAGCAAGAAAAUGGUGAUUUUGGUUCUUGAAACGAGACUCAAGAUAUCUUAUUUUGCCAUGGCUAGAAGCUUUGGAAGAAACGAGACUCAAGCAAAAGUAAACACCUAG